AUGCUCUUGGAAUUCGAUGCCCUCCACUCUUUGGAGAGAGAAUUCAAGGACGCAGCUGGAACUUCCAGGAAGCUUCCAGUUUUAAGGAAAUACUUCAGGAAUGGCCACCAGCUCAAUCAUGAGGCACAGUUAGUGUCUGCUGCACUGGCUGAGCUUUGCUGGAGCUCCUUUUGGGCGUACGUGGCCAUCUGCAAACCCCUGCACUACGGGACCCUCCUGGGCAGCAGAGCUUGUGUCCACAUGGCAGCAGCUGCCUGGGGCAGUGGGUUUCUCUAUGCUGUGCUGCACACAGCCAAUACAUUUUCUCUACCGCUCUGCCAAGGCAAUGCCCUGGACCAGUUCUUCUGUGAACUUCCCCAGAUCCUCAAGCUCUGCUGCUCAGAAUCCUACCUCAGGGAAGUUGGGCUUCUUAUAUUAAGUUCUUUUUUAGUUUUUGGCUGUUUUGUUUUCAUGGUGCUGUCCUAUGUGCAGAUCUUCAGGGUGGUGCUGAGGAUCCCCUCUGAGCAGGGACGUCACAAAGCCUUUUCCACCUGCCUCCCUCACCUGGUUGUGGUCUCCCUGUUUAUCAGCACUUCAUUUUUUGCCUACCUGAAGCCCCCCUCCAUCUCCUCCCCAUCCCUCGACCUGGUGCUGGCAGUUCUGUACUCGGUGGUGCCUCCAGGCCAUCCCUGUGGCUGA